AUAUGCUGAGUGCUGGUCCUACAGGGUGCUAGACUACAGGGUGUUAGACUACAGGUCACUAGACUAUAGGGUGCUCGACUACUGGGUGUUAGACUACAGGUCACUAGACUACAGGGUGCUAGACUACUGGGUGUUAGACUACAGGUCACUAGACUACAGGUCAUUAGACUAAAGCGUGUUAGACUAUAGGGUGCUCGACUACAGGUCGCUGGACUACAGGUCACUAGACUACAGGUCAGUAGACUACAGGGUGCUAGACUACAGGGUGCUAGACUACAGGUUGCUUACAGUGUGCUAGACUACAGGGUGAUAGACUUCAGGUCACUAGACUACAGGGUGCUAGACUACAGGGUGCUAGACUACAGGUUGCUUUACGGGAUUCUAGACUACAGGGUGCUAGACUACGGUCACUAGACUACAGGGUGCUAGACUACAGGUUCACUAGACUACAGGUCACUAGACCCAGGGUGCUAGACUACAGGGUGCUAGACUACAGGUGCACUAGACUACAGGGUGCUAGACUACAGGUCACUAGACUACUACGGGUGCUAGACUACAGGGUUCCUAGACUACAGGUCACUAGACUACAGGGUGCUAGACUACAGGUCACUAGACUACAGGGUUCUAGACUACAGCAGUCGUACUA